UCCCACCACUGCCACUGCAGAUCUGCUCGUCUUUCCGAUCUCUCACUUCCAUAAACCCAAAGAAAUUAUUUUAUUUAAAAAAAAAAAAAAAAACUUUUGAAAGUAUAAGAACUCAUCUUCCUUGAAAUCUACAGCAUCUCUCUCUCCCUCUCUCUCUCUCUCUCUCUCUCUCUCUCUCUCUCUCUCUCUCUCUCGUUUGGAAACGUAUCGGAUGCCGAUACCGGUAUCGGCGCCAUGAAUCGGAUGUCGAGGGAAUCUCUGGGCGGAGGGAGGAAUUUUCCCUCCGCAUCGCAGCCGCAGCAGCACCGGAGGGGGCGGAGCCUGACCGGAAUCUCGAGGGAUAGAGAUGAGAACCUGGAUCUCUUCUCUCGGAAUCGUCUCAGCAGAUCGAUCGCUUCCAAUGACGAAUCCGACGUUUCAAUGAAAUUGGGGAGGAUUUCGGUUGGAUCUGCGAAAUUACCAAGGCAUGGAAUUGACGAUCUACUGUCAUCAACCGAUGGAGGGAAGCACGAUUAUGAUUGGCUUCUCACGCCUCCUGGAACUCCUCUAUUUUCUUCUUCGGAUGCUAGUGAGCCUCAACCAUCUUUAACAGCUCCCAGGAGCAGUUAUGGAGUCAGAUCAGCCUCCACCACUAAAGCUUCAAGGCUGUCCACGACCCAAACAGAGAAUGGCCAUUCCACAAGACCAGCUAGAAGCAGUUCCGUUACCCGCCCUUCCAUCUCCAACGCAUAUUCCUCCUACUCCAACACAUAUUCCUCCUACUCCAACCGAACCUCAGUCCUCAACACUAGCUCCGCAUCUGUCACAUCAUCAAGACCAUCAACCCCCAACACCCGCUCAACCCUGCCCUCUGCUGCUAGAUCAUCGGCCAUGAAUGCUCGGCCUACGCCAGUGCGGUCACCAACUCCUGCCAAAACCCGGCCACCAGUUGUCUCUCCUGGUGACAAGGCCCGACCUUCGCACAAUCCAAGACCCUCAACUCCAACCACCCGUCCCCAAAUCCCAGCAAAUUUGACUUCUCCAGCUUCUCGAUCAAGUUCACGCCCAUCGACUCCAACUCGUCGGAACCCAACGCCAGCUUUGGCCCCAGUUGCCGGGCGCUCAUCUUCUGUUGGACGGGUUCCCCCUGUAAAUGGCAGGAGUUCGGCACCAGCGUCCCGGGCAAGCUCCCCGGGCCCACGAGCCCGGGCUCCUCCACAGCCCAUUGUGCUCCCAGAUUUCCCACUUGAUGUGCCACCAAAUCUAAGGACGACGUUGCCUGAUCGACCAAUUUCUGCAGGUAGGUCCCGCCCGGGCAGUGCUCUCACUGUGCGUUCGAGUUCAGAGGCCGCGGGGCCUGUGAAUCCACCACGGAGGCAGUCAUCCUCACCAGUUGUUGCGAGAGGGAGGCUUCCGGAACACUCUGGACGGAGCCGGUCACACAGCAAUGGGCAUGAGGCAGGCUCUCCUGAAAUUCAGAAGCCCACGUCUUCUGAUUCUGCAGCCCGAAGGCCUGCAAAGUCCACAACUUCAUCAGAGAGCACCGGAUUUGGAAGGACGAUCUCAAAGAAAUCACUUGAUAUGGCUCUCAGGCAUAUGGAUAUCCGGCAAAGCGUGGGGAGCAUCCUAUACCCACAAAGUAUUCGCUCUGGCACAUCGAAAGGCCGACCAGCAGGUCGGUUUCCAGAGUCCCUGUCUUCUGUUGGCAGCAAUGGCACCAUCUCAGAGAAUGGCAACAGUGUCAAUAAUAGGUCUCCAGAUUAUGAGGCCACUGAUAAUGACAAGCGAUCCUCAUUGAAAGUGAGUGAGGGAGACCUCUAUGGAAGCUCCCGAUACGAUGCGAUUCUGCUUAAAGAAGACUCAAAAAACACAAACUGGCUGCACAGCAUUGAGGAUGUGUCUGACCAGAGCCCAGUGUUUGAUCACCGAUUUGAACCGUUGCCAGAGCCAUUUGGUCUUUUAUAGCUUUUCCGGUGUGUUGUUGGUUUUAUAUAUUUUUUAAAUUAUUUAAUCAUGUUUUUUUUUUUUAAUUUCUCUCUAAGGAUUGAAUCUUCAUAUUUUUUCUUCA